GCAAAUACUUCACUCAUGUGGUCCGGCAUCUGCGUACAUUGUCCACGCCCACAAGGCCAGAGAUGAAGGGGCUUCGCACAGUCCUCGACUGGGACGGCACGUUGACCAAACGCGACACUCUGCACGUCGUCGCGGCAAUUGGCUACCAACGCAACCGACAUCGGGAUCUCAUGCCAUGGGACCAAAUAGUCCAGGCGUACAUGUCGGACUACAGGAGACACCGGGACGCGUAUCACCCGGCAAGGCCAGAUCGCAGGACUCGCGCCCAGGAGAGCGCGUGGCUGGCCAGUCUGAAGGACGUCGAGUUGCGGAGUGUCCACCGGGUACAAGGCGCUGGGAUCUUCGCGGACGUCACCGAGCAGGAGAUAUGCAGGGCGGCAGAGGAUGCAGUGCGGAACAGCGAGGUCCAGCUCCGGGAUGGAUGGGAGGACAUUGUUUCACUUGCGAGACACUCGAGGGACGACGGCGCAGCCCCUUCCCCCGUCUCCAUCAUCAGUGUGAAUUGGAGCGCCGCUUUUAUCAGAGCGUGUCUAUCAUCAGCGCUUGGAGAUGCCGCACCCGCGAAAGGCACGAUCGACGCCAUCCCAAUUCUCGCCAACCGCCUCGCGUGCGAACCUUCUGGGGGCGUUCCCGGCCCGGCCGGUAUUCGCACCAGUGCCGAUAAACUGGAUGCCCUCAACGCACUCCGAGACGGCGGGGAUUGCGAUGUUCUCUACGUCGGCGACUCGCCCACCGACUUUGACUGCCUUGUCGCCGCCGACGUGGGCGUCUGUGUGCGCGAUGACCCGAUGGGCAGCGGGCAGGCCGAGUUGAAGGAAAGUCUGGAGCGCGUGGGCGUCGAGGUGUCGAGGCUCGACUGGGACGGUUGGGCCGAGUAUCAGAGAGAAGUACUACGGGGCCAACGGGGUCAAACGAAAGCCAAUAUUAUUAGGCCGGUGGUCUGGUGGGUCGCGGAUUUGAGGGAAGUUGCAGCCUUUGCUGAGAAGUAUUACCACCUGGAUUGA